CAGAGAUCGACCAGUCGGCAGAUAUAAGUUGCUUCCCCUGAUCCGAAAGGUGGUUCUAUUUUGUAUAGCAGAGCAGAGCCAAUAACCCAAGAAAAAAAACGACUCUUGAUAUUCGACAGUCCGACUUAACUUCAUUCAACCUCAAUUUCAAGCCAUCAUCAUGCCUCGCCAAGGAGACGGUUCAGGAGACAACGCGGUCGAGGCCGGCCACAACAUCAUCCACGGAGCGGGCCAGCCAGAGAGCACUCGCGUCGCUCGUGCCGACAAGGCGGCUCCGAUGCCCGAGUACGAGAGUGGGAAGGGCCUGGCGGAAAAGAGUGCCAGCGCCGGAAAGGUCGAAGGAAAAGAUCAGGGCGGAAGGGGUUCAACAAACUGAGGCACGGCUGUACGAUAUGAUGGGAUGCGAGAACAUGGUCUAUUGUGAAUGAGCGAAUGAUUGACGGCAUAAUCUCCUCAAAAAAAGGUUAAUUACCAAACCUGAUAUCCGGCUUGGUCGGUGAGGACCCUGACCUCUCGAAAAAUUAUGUGUUGUGCCCA